AUGAUGAGGGACAAGCGGAGAGAAGAUGAUAACGGCGAAGCAGAGACCAAGCACGAAUCCUCACCGGAAUCGUUCGUCUUUCCUCCAGAGAUCAUCAUGGAGAUUCUUCUCCGAUUACCAGCGAGAACGAUCGGGAGAUUCAGGUGCGUUUCGAAGCUGUUUCGCUCUCUCUCGACUGAUCCGGGGUUCGCGAAGAGCCACCUCGAUCUAAUUCUUCGAAACGGCUCACUCCGAUUACCUCACCGGAAGCUCAUCGUCUCUUCGCAUAAUCUCUACGCACUGAAAUUGGAUUCGAUCGGUGACGGACGUGGAAGAAUUAGGGAUUUGGCUCCUGUGGAGCUCAAUUACCCGCUUAAAGACGACCCGAGCAUCUUCGAUGAGAUGAUUAGGAGUUAUGUGAGAGAGCAUCUCCACGGCGGUGGAUCUGACACCGUCGUCGACGAAGAUGACCGUCGUGUGAUGCUUAAGCUGAAUGCGAAAUCGUAUAGAAGAAACUGGGUCGAGAUCAUCGGAUCUUCCAACGGUUUACUCUGUAUCUCUCCCGGUGGAUCCGCGAUCUUCUUCUAUAACCCAACCACCGGAGAAUCCAAGAGAUUGCCUGAGACUGCUCGUCCCAAAUCGAAAGAGUACGGAGAACAAUUCCAAACUUACGGAUUUGGAUUCGAUGAUCUGACUUGUGAUUACAAAGUGGUGAAGCUUAUCGCUGAUAACGACGAUGUCAUCAACGCUAGUGUCUACUCUCUGAAAUCAGACACGUGGAGACGGAUCGGUGAUUUGAGAUAUGAGCACAACGACGGGUUUCACUCCGGUGUGAAUUUCAACGGCGCGAUCCACUGGGUGUUCACUCUCAAAGAAGGUGAUCAAAGCCAGAGGCUGGUGUUGGCGUUUGAUCUCGAAACGGAAGCGUUUCGAGAGAUGCCGUUGCCUGAUGAAGCUGAGGAUUGUCCUCACAGGUUUAAGAACUUUGUGGUUGGGAAUCUUAAUGGACGUCUCUGCGUGACUAAUAGUUGCUACGAGGUUCACGAUGACGUAUGGGUGAUGAAUGAGUACGGUGAAGCGAGUUCGUGGAGCAGAAUCAGGAUCAGCUUGUUGUACAGGUCGUUGAAACCUCUGUGUUCCUUGGCUAAGAACCGUGAGGAGGUUCUUAUGGAGCUUGAUGGAGAAAUGGUCCUGUACAAUUUCGCGACUGAUGCGUCGAGGAGUCUUGGAAUUCGUGGGGUUAAGCUUAGAGACGGCUUCGAGGCCAAUACGUACGUAGAGAGUCUCAUUUCACCAAACUCGUAUGGUAUACGAAACUGA